CCCCCCCCCCCCCGUGAGACCGCCGCCUUCGUGGUCGUCUCCUCCCCGCGGCUUCUCCGCCGAUUCACCAGCGCAGCCCGGGGCCAUGGCCGCUGACAGCGAGCCUGAGUCGGAGGUGUUUGAGAUCACAGACUUCACCACUGCAUCAGAAUGGGAAAGGUUUAUCUCCCGCGUGGAGGAGGUCAUGAACGACUGGAAGCUGAUUGGACCAUCACCGUCUCUGCCGGUUCGCAAAGGGGAGUACACGACGGGCACGUGGGAGGAGGAGACGGAGGAGGUGAUGUUCGCGAACUUCCGCUUCUCGGUGAUCCACCACUACCUGAAGCAGGAAAGCGUCGACGGCAAGGAGGGCAGGGGCGAGGCUGCCGAGGAUGAUGAUGCUCUUCCCGAAGCCAUGCAGGACCUGGUGUCCAUGGACAAUGACUUUUCUCCCAGAGCUCACUGCCUCGUGCGCUGGAAUGGCCUGAGAAAUUUUGUCAUCAUUGCUCCCUCGGCUGCCUCUGAAGCUGUGAUCACAGAAUCCAAGUGCAAUCUGCUCCUGAGCUCUGUGAGCAUCGCUUUGGGCAACACGGGCUGUCAGGUGCCAGUAUUCGUGCAGAUCCAGCAGAAGUGGCGCCGCAUGUUCUCUGGCCUGUGCGAGGGUCCCGGCGUACGUACGGACUUCGAAAUGGUUCACCUGCGCAAGGCGCCCAAUCACUACAACCACUUGUCGGGCCUGCUGGACGUCUUCAAGUCUAAAAUUGCCUGCCCAUUGUCCCACAUACCUCCUGUGAGUGUCAGCAUUCGCUUCACCUAUGUGCUGCAGGACUGCCAGCAGUACUCGUGGCCCCAGCCACCUCCAGACUUUGAUGCCCUGGUCGGUGGCGAGGUUGGUGCUCUUGAACUCGGCAAGUUGCCCUUCGGCGCGUGUGAAGACCCUGUGAGUGAACUGCACCUCGCCGCCACUUGGCCACAUCUAACAGAAGACAUUAUCGUGGAUAAUGACGUUUACUCUGAUCUCGACCCAGUUCAAGCCCCUCAGUGGUCCGUGCGAGUGAGAAUGGCUGAUAACCCACAGUGCCUUCUGGGGGACUUCCUGUACGAGUUCCACUCAUUGUGCCAUCGCAAAGAAUCCACCGACGAGCUGCUGGGAAAGGCGGUCUUCGACGAUGAAGCCAAAGAGGGAGCAGACAUCAGCCAGGCGCUGCAGAGGCUGACGGAGCCCGUGCCCGUGCACAUGCCCACGCUCUCCUCCAUGAGCAGCAUGGUGCAGGGCGCGCGCAAGCGCAUACGCAGCCGCCGGCCUCGCGCCUCGGAGACGCCCAUCCCCAACGCCCUGCUCAACUCUAUGCUGCUGUACCUUUUCCCAGAUGCAGCUGACAAGUCGGCAGAAAGCCCAAAUGCUAAACCCACUACUAGUUCAGCCACAACAGCUCCAGUUACUGAAGACGAUGAAAUGGUGACUCUGCAUCGCAGCCUCAAGUCGGCGCCGGCUGACAGCCUGACCCACAAGCUUGCGCUGUGCCUCUGCACCGUCAACUACCAGCACGGCGGCCUCAAGGGAGUGGCUCACCUUUGGCAGGAAUUCGUGCUGGAGAUGCGCUACCGCUGGGAGAACAACUACAUUAUCUCCGGAUUAACACCUGGCCCUCCUGACUACAGCUGCUGUUUAUUGCAUCAAAAGCUGCAGAUGCUCAACUGUUGCAUCGAGAGGAAGAAGAGCAGGGAGGAGAGGCAGCGCGAAUCGGGCAGCGCUGGAGGAGGAGGAGGGCGUGCGGGCGGCAGUGACACCGCUCCGUCAACCUCAAAGAACGGGCGCAGGGAGGCGGCAGCCGGGAGGGCCGUGGAGAGACAGCAGCAGGGUGGCACAUCUGCUGAGAUGGCUGCACAGAAGCCAUGGGACUCCUGGAGUGAGGACAGCGAGGACGAGUUCUUUGAGUGUGAGAGUGACCUGAGCGACGGUGGCGAGGGAGCGGAGGAGGGAGGGGAGGGAUCGACAGAAGGGACGAGACAGAGUGGCAUUGGCGAUACGAACGAGGACAAUGCGAGCAAAGUCGCGGAGAGAAAGGAGGAGCGCAAAGCGGCAGCUGCUGCCAACGCGACCGCCCUGCGCAAGCCUGAUGGACGUCUACACCAGCACGGGGAGAUCACGCUGAUCGAAAACGGGGAGCCCCUGUACAUUCCCAUCACGCAGGAGCCAGCUCCCAUGACGGAGGACAUGCUGGAGGAACAGACUGAGGUCCUCGCCAAGCUUGGGACCUCAGCAGAGGGAGCUCAUCUGCGCGCCCGUAUGCAGAGCGCAUGCCUGUUGUCGGACAUGGAGUCAUUCAAGGCUGCAAAUCCAGGCUGCCAUCUGGAAGAUUUUGUUCGCUGGUACUCCCCACGUGACUAUGAGGAGGUUCCUCCGGACGAGGACGCCGCCGACUCCGAAGAGUCGGGCGCUCCAGCCGUCGCCCCCCGUGGGCGUCUGAGCGCUCGCAUGCAGCUGCCAGGGAACGUGUGGGUGGAGGCGUGGGAGGCGACGCGCCCCAUACCCGCUCGCCGCCAGCGACGCCUGUUUGACGACACGCGCGAGGCCGAAAAGGUGCUGCACUACCUGGCGGGCAUGCGGCCGGCCGACGUGACCCUCCAACUGCUGCCCUGCGCCAUUCACGCCGCCCUCCUCAAGGUCAAGGAAGAGUCAUCGGAGGACGUGCCAACAGUGAAUAAGCUGCUCAAGGCGUCCGUGUCUCUCGCCAGCCGAAUCCUCCGCCACCCCAACCCCGACCCACGCCGCCUGGAGGAGGUGAUAAGCCAAGUGACGCUGGCGGAGGCGGUGAUCGCCCGUGGGCGCUCGCUUCGUGCCAAGUUCGCCAUCAACACAUUUGACAAGGAGGAGGAGAAGACGGAGCUGGAGAGGUUUGUGUCGAGUUUGCUGGAGGAGCCGGAGGUUCCAGUCUUUGGUGCGGGAAGGGGCCCAGCAGGGAGCAUCAUCCACCGUCUCUUCAUGAGUGCACAGCAGCUCUCUGACACCAGUGAUGAGGUGACCUCCUUGACGCCAGUCGACGAAGACCGCUCGCUGGCCGCGGGGACGGCGGGCGGCUCGGAAGAGCGCCGUGGGGCGGCUCCUGCCAGCACCGCGGCGGGCCUGGCUGGGGGCUCCGCUCAGGGCGGGCAGGGCAACGGAUUCCCCGCCCCGCGGGGCCGCGAGUUCAUCCUGCGCUGCACCGUGCCGCGGCCUGCGCCGUACUCGCGCGCGCUGCCCCACAGGAUGUUCUGCGUGCUCUCCAAAGACCAGUUCACCCUCGCCGGGGCCUUCUCCUCUGACACGUCCUUCUACUAGCGAUUUACACUGUCGGCGUCGGAAUUUCGGACGGGGGCUUUUGAAAAUGUUGCGAUGCUUUGACCAAGGCAGAGGCACCGAGUAAGUACGUUUAUAAAUGCGCAAAUCUUAUAAACUAGGUGAUCACGAGUGCGUGCUGAGCCCUGUGCUGAGAUAUUAGUUUUCAAAACUUGGCCUCCAUUGGGCAAUAGGGGUGGAGCCCAUCAUUGUUGGCAGGCCCUGAGCCAGUGUAAGGCACUCAAUGUAUCGACCCCAGGGGGAUGAUAGGCUGCAUCAGUUCCUAAAUGGGAUUUAAAUUCGCAGCUAUACAUAAUGUCAUUCUAGUGCUGUAACUCUGGUGCCACUUAGCCAGAUCAAAAUUAAAAGAGCAACCUAAGACAGAAAUUGACUUUCUGUUGAUUAAACAUUGUCAGAAUAUCCAUUCAUGUUUAAUGGGCAGAUGUAAUCAACUUCGGCAAGCAUUACAUUUGACAUUUCGCCUCUGGCGAGAGGGCAGUCUGCUAUUGUAAUGUAAAUUAACAUGAUGGUUGCCACUUGGUUAGAAAGCAAACGGCGGUCAUCCUGAAGAGACUGGCCGCUGCUGUUAGAAUGUGGAGCGUUUAACCACUGGUUCACAGCCGCCAACAGAGAUGAUCACCUCUCAAUUGCUCGUAUAGAGGAGGCGUUAUACACUUCAACCUUUUGGAUUUUAUUUAAUAUGGUGUGUCAACGUCAGCACUUUGGGGGUAUCAUGUCCACGCAUGCUGUACAAAACAUGGAAUGGCUCCCACAAUCCAUUGUAUGUCGUGAUGUAGCCAUGGUGUUUCGGUUAUCGCUUUGUGUUUAAUGGAGGUGAGCAGACUCCAGCUGGCUUAGGAAUUUUCAUCGUGGGUGCAUCUAUAUGCACGCAUAGCUUACUGCGCUGUUUGAUAUUGCAUUGAUAGAAGAAUAUCAUUCGUAAACAUGUCAGGCUUUACCUCGUGUGCAAUCAGACAUUCACUUGUUUUAUCCUCACGGUGCAUGUAUUGUUGCAUCCUUGUGACACCACAAGGAGUAAAAAAUGCGUGUACAGUUAAAACUCAUUUUAUCCCAACAAAGUGUACUUUUUUCAUUAGCCAUGCUUGAAACUCACGUUAGGGUGAUAUACACGGCCGAGGUCUCCAGAAUAACACCCAAUAGUUUUUAUAUUAUACCUUCUCACAAUCGGGGACAUUUACUCUAACCCACUGAGCUAUAUCCAAACCAAGUAUGCUGUCUUCGAGAAGUUGACAAUGUAGCAAACACAGUGGCAUUUUUCCCAUUCAAGAAAAGGCAAGUGCAGCCUUGGGCUUACUGCUGUUAUUUAUCAGCCGCCCACGCCUGCCAUACCGAAAUGUAUUGCAGGACUCUUGCUAUCCCUGUAAUUGUCCACUUGAACAUUUCUCACCCUAAACGUGUUGUCACGGUCAAAGAACCAGGGAAAUGUAUGGGUAUUGCCCCAAGGAGCAGGUUGCUUGUCCUGUGAUUUUAGUUUGUUGUUACAGCUAUGGGGGCCAGCUGUAAAUUUCAAAAGGGUCCUCAUGGUAAAGUACUGUCAUGCCACCGCAUCUUGCCAUCGCCUCGGCAUCACUGCCUUAUCCUGGAUCUUGCGUUUGUUACACAGUCUACACAUGCAUGUAUGUAUGUUGAACUUCUUUCGCACCAUACGGGACAUCCAAGGUCUGCUUUUACAGUCUCAUCAUCGCCGCCACCACCACCACCUUUUAGGGUUUUUUUUUAUCUUGGCUGCCGACUUCUCCGUGCCACGCCAAUUCCUGUCUCGGUAAUCUGCCCUCCGUCCUGCAUAUGUCGCCGGCCCAUCGCAACCUCCUCUGCCUGUUUGACCACGGUGGGCCAUAAGAGAAAUGGGUACGACUUUGGGUGGCAGCAAGUUUAUUUCACUGAUCUCUGUUUAUGAGGCCAAAACAAGUUAAUGAUAUUACAACUCAUUUUGAAAAUGUUAUCACGUAAAUCACUUCGAAUGGCCUUGUAAGAAAUUGGUACUAUCACAUUUUAGCAAAAUUAAUGUUAUAUCCGUAGAGGGCUUUCACUGACGACGCUUAACAUAGUUUGACAGAAUAGAAAGAUUUAGGUGGCAGGGCAGUGCAAGGGUUGAAGAAUGAGUGACCACGAUAGGAGGGUUCUUAGGGAUCACCAUAGGGUAGGGGAGGGAUGGCAAGGAGUGGAUGGGCGAGGGGAGGGAAGACUAAGAAAAUGGGCAAUAGAGAAGCAGACACUUGAAAAACCAUCUGUGCCCUUGGACGAAUUAUGCCUACAACCCUUUUGCCUCAUUCUCCUAUGAACUUCCAAGUUGCUUACCCUAUCAUAUCACGUUCGUUUCCUAGCAUCAUCAUCGCUCAUCCAUGUGUGUCUCCUGAGCUCUCUCAUGUUUCUCUAGCUCCCUUACUUCCCGUGUCUCCGUCAUGCCGAGUGAAGAAGAUGGGUACACAUGUAAAGCUAAAUUCUUGUAAAAACAAAACGGCGUGUUUGAGGGAUAUGGUUUGGGAAAUGUUGCUGUAACCUUAAUCCCCAGAACUAUGGAGGGGCACCAGUUAGCUAUGCCAACAGCACUUGAACACAUACACUGCACUAUUACUCGUUGACUCAAAACUGGCAGGGUGGCGUGGUAGUUCGGUGCUUUGACUCUAUCUGAAAUCCAUUAUUUGAAAUCCUGGUUGGGGUCAACUCGGGCCAAGCAUCUCUCUAGAAUUGAUAACAUGAGUACCACAUUUGUGUAAAUGUAAUGAUGGCUGACCUAGGACGAGACUGGCACCUGCCGCCAUGGGAAUGGGGAAUUUCCCUCACUGGCUGUCAGGGUCACACAUGGAGAUGAGUACCAACCACAUCUUUGACGCCUUCAAGAGUGCUGUUUGUUGCUGGACAUUUGCUCAUUUGGCCUGUGCUCAGCCACCAUUUUUUUAUUCUAGUUUUUACACACAUUUGUGGCUACCACGGAGUCCAUAAAAGUGUCCUUUGUCAGAAUUAGGGCCAUUGCCUUAGAGUGUCACCUAUUCCCUUUUAGGCAGUCUAAUUGACACACGUGUUGAGCACGUAACAAGAACAGUUAAAACGUAUUUGAGAUGUUGCCACAUAUCUGGGACUCUGAUAAAUGCCCGCCAUGACUUAAUCAAUGCCAUGGCGGGCAUACAGUUUUAGAGGGAUGAAACCCAUGUGAUACAUUCUUCAUACAUCUGUGCAUAGCUUUAUAGACUUACCUUAAAAUGCCGGCUGAUUAUAAUUUAUUCACCAUGGGUGGUACCUUUAUAGACACGGGUCUAUAUCAAAUUAAACAUAUAUGAUAGCUUUCAGCUCGGUUAUUGUUCGUGAAUUUGAAGCCAUCACUCUGAAAUUGGUUAAAUAUUUAGGAGCUCACUUUGCAAGACCAGGAAGAUCUGGUUAAGUAAUGAGACCAGCAGAGUAUUUUGAGCCACCCAACCAAAGUUUGUUUAAAGAACCACAUCCUACUAGGAAAACUUCAAUACAGGAACAGAAAUCCACGAUUAAUUAAACAGUUUGGCAUGCUACUACAGGUUGGUAUAUUAGGUGGUCGUAUGUACAGCGAUAUGUUAAAAUAAACGGAAGCCAUUUGGUCAUAACACAUUCAGAACCCUGAAGUUUAUGCACCUCAUUGUCGUUCAUUUUAUUCGUGCAACAAAAUUAGGCCGCGAUCAGCACAUGGGGUGAGCAUUGUAAGAAACUUGACGCGGAAGUGCUACUUGUAAUUUGGCCAGAUUGAAUUACUUGCUGUCAGUGGUGGUAACAACGCGUUGCCAUGUAUGUGGCUUCACGAGAUGGCUUCUGGAAUGUAAUAAAAGGAUAUGGACCGUC